UGGAUUGCCUCAUUGUAGCAGCCAGCUCUGUCGGCAGCACAGUGCAAGGAUGAUGCUGCAGCUGAGAGGAGAUGAGGUGUGUGGGAAUUCUGACAUUGAGAGGGGGAAAAUGUAAAGGGAACGCGGGGCGGAGAGCGAACGGCGGGAGGAAGACCAGUCCCGUGUGGAGACGUUUGGAGACGGUGUUGCAGGAGCUUACGGGGCGACGGGGGAAAGAACCGGUGAAAUCGGAUCAAUGUUGUUUUUUAUCCACUGAAACGAGGUGGGGAACAAAGGGUUGACCUUCACAAAGAUUUGAUGAGGCAAAAAGAUUCAUAUUCACCAGGCUGUCAAUGGUGGUAUUGGUCAGCGUUUCGUCCAUUUGAAGAAGACGGGGAUUUCAGAAUUGGUGCUCCUGAGAGUGUUCCCUGAGAGGAAUUGAGGAAGCUGGGAAGGAGGUUUGCCAAUCACCUCUUCUCUCAGCACCCCUAAUCAGUGCCUCCUGUUAAAGCGCGGAUCUCGCUUGAUGUGCUCAUUCCUGCGGUCUCCUGAGUGGAUCUGAACGCGUGUGGAGAUGUAUGCCUUCUACUCCCUCCUAGUCUACAUUUUCUACACCGUCUUCAAGAAGGAGGAGGAGGCAGCCCUUGAGGGGGAGGAGCCAGGUGGAGCUACAGCUCAGGAACCUGGGCAUGUUUCCAUGGAAACAGGGAGCAGGAGGAAAAAUGGCCACACCCCCAGUAUGAGGAGAAGGGGCUGUGGCAGACAGACUGACUCUGGCAGCAGUAGCAGUGAUAGUGAUGGCCUGUCACUCAGUGAUGAAGAUGAGGGUGGUGAUGAAGACUUUUUGGAGAUAGCUAGCACCCCUCUGGCUGCUUUCCUGUCCUUCAAGCAGGAAGCAGAGAAGAGGAGGGCUUCCAAUGUCCAGGAGGCUGCAGGAAAGGCGCCCGAGUCUCCGCUGGUGGCUGUGAUGUCUCACCUGCUGAGCUUCCUGGAGCAGUACUCCCACCUGCAGCAAAUGCAGCAGCAGGCGGAGCAGUACCGGCACCAGCUGCGGCGACACCGGGUGCAGCACCGCCGCCAGCUCAAGGCCCUGCGUGCCUCCUACCGCCAGCGGCUGCGGGACAAGCGCAGCGUCAUCGAGAGCCUGGAGGAGGUCAUCACACAGCAGCAAAGCUCCCCGCAGGGGCCUGAGGGUGAGUGUGGCCCUGCCCCAGGUCCCAAGGGGGGCCUGCACAAGCUGGUGGAGUCUCUGUGUGGACUGCAGGGGGAGAGGAGCCAGCUGAAGGGGGAGCUCCACUCACUGCACACCCAGCUGGAGCAGAAGGACCAGGACCGGCACUCUCGCGUCCAGGCCUUCCAGCAGCAGAUUGAAGAGCUCAAGCACUGCAUCAAGGAAAGAGAGGAGGAGCUGGCCAAACUGAGAACUGAAUCUGGAGUGACAGACUCGGAGAAGCGAGUGCUUUGCCUGUCAGCUGAGAAUGAGAGUCUGAAGCAGAGCCUGAGUGUGACCCAGGGCCUCCUGCAGCAGCUGUCCGUCAUUCCCUCCCAGUCCAGCUCUGUGCUCAUCCAGGAGAACGAAACGCUGCGGAGCCGGGUGCAGCAGCUGGAGAGCUCGCUGCAGCAGCGGGGGGAGCAGCUGUCCCGUCUGGAACACAGGAGCGAGCAGGCCGAGUGGAGGCGCGGGGAGGAGCUGAGGAGGAGGGAGGAGCGGCUGAGGGAGCUGCAGCUGGAGCUGGACAAGGAGCGCAGCAAGGAGCCGCUAGUCAAGUAUGUUACUCAGACAGUGGAGGUGGAAUCACCUGCAACAUUAAGACAACUGGCUGAGGCCAGGGAUGGGAAUGAGCGAUUGGCUGACAAGCUGUCCAGCCAGAACGAGAAGUGCAGGCACCUGGAAGGGCUUCUCAGGCGUUCAGACGAGGUCACCGCUAACCUGCAGCAUAAGAUUGCUGCCUAUGAGGUGGAGAUCGGGAAGCUCCGGGAGGAGCUGCUGAGAGAGAUCGGGCACCUGGAGGAGCGGAAGGAGGAGGCCGUGAAGGCUGCAGCUGAGUGCUCCGAGCAGCACCUGCAGAACCUGCAGGAACAGUUCACAGCCCUGCAGCAGCGUCUGGCAGCCCUGCCUCCCACCCUGCGCUCCAUGAAGACCGACUACGCCAGCCUGCGCAGCCAGGUUCGCAACUUCUCCGACUUCUACGGAGCUGCCAUCGUCGAGGCCAAGAAACAGCUUUCAGCUGUAAUCAGUGAGAUGUCUGAGGCCAAUAAGGACCUACUUGAGAAGUACAGGAAGGAAGUGGCUCUGCGCAGGAAGUACCAUGAGCAACUGGUGGAGCUCAAAGGUAAUAUCCGCGUGCUGUGUCGCGUGAAACCUGUUCUGAAGGAGGACCAGCAAGAAGAAGGGCAGGCAGUGGUCGUGACAACGGACCCCAACAACGAGUCAGCCGUCACUGUGCUGAGCAAAGGCAAAGGGCGCACAUUUGAACUGGACAAGGUCUUCCACCCACAGGCUACACAAGAGGAGGUUUUCCAGGAGAUUGAGCCGCUGGUGACAUCCUGCAUUGAUGGAUAUCACGUCUGCAUUUUUGCUUACGGGCAGACAGGCUCUGGGAAAACCUACACUAUGGAGGGCACUGUGGAGAACCCAGGCAUUAACCAACGAGCCCUGAAGCACCUCUUCAGUGAGAUUGAGGACAGGAAGGACAUGUGGAGUUACUCCAUAAGUGUCAGCUCGGUGGAAAUCUACAACGAGGUUCUUAGAGACCUGCUCAGUAAGGAUGGGGAGAAACUGGACAUCAAGAUCAACCCAGACGGGACAGGCCAGCUGCAUGUUCCGGGUCUCAGGGUCAUCGAGGUCAGGAGCUUCCAGCACAUCAAGAAGAUCCUGGCUGUGGCCCGACGGAACCGCAUCACGUUCGGCACUCAGAUGAACCAGCACAGCUCUCGCUCCCACGCGCUGCUGACCAUCACCGUGCUGGGCACGGACCUCGCCAGCGGCGCCAAAACCACAGGUAAGCUGAACCUGGUGGACCUGGCUGGCUCAGAACGGGUGUGGAAGUCAGGGGCUGAGGGCGAGCGCCUGAAGGAGGCCCAAAACAUCAACCGCUCCCUGCUCGCCCUGGGGGAUGUGAUCCAGGCCCUGAGGGGUCGCCAGACACACAUCCCGUUCAGAAACUCCAGGCUGACCUACCUGCUGCAGGACUCCCUCGGCAAAGGCAAUAAGACCGCCAUGGUGGUGCAGAUUUCCUCUCUGGAGCGGAAUGUGGGCGAGACCCUGUGCUCGCUGAAAUUUGCCCAGCGAGUAUGCAAGGUGGAGCUGGGACCUGCUGCUCGCAAGAUCGAAACUGCAGGCCAGUGUGAAAAUUUCUCCUAAGUCGCCAUCACUGCUGUCUCUGAAGACAAACAGGUCUCCAGGGACUCAACAGCCAACCAAAAAACUUCCAGAAAAACAAUGAACAACUCAACUGUACAUCUAUAAACUGGGUCCUGCACACCUGUUUAAGGGCUAGAGCUGUGGAGGUCUCAAAGAAGAUGUCAGGGUUGUGAUGUGGAUGAAGAUGUGACUGAGCAGUCAAGACAGAGAGAGAAAGAGAAAGAGAAAGAAAGAGAGCGAGAGAGAGAGAGAGAGAGAGAGAAUGCCUGCUGAAGCGCUCUUUGCCUGGACUGAGUUGCAUGCAAGUCUACAGCAUUUUCCCCAGUAAAAGACAACACCCUCAGUGCCAAAACAACCUCUGCCUCACUGAUGUGCUCUUUCUUCGGUGUUGCCUGUAACCAUGGCACACCCUUAACGAGGAAUGGGGUUCCUUUGUGUCCAAGCUGCAGAUGUCAGGGUGACACGUGUGGGGAGCAGACUCCCUUGCAGAGCGACAACUGUCACAGUAUUCAUAUUUGCUAGGUUUGAGCUAUUACAGUAUUUAAUUAUAUGUAAUUUAUCUAUAUUUAACUAUAUAUGUAAU